AUAAACCUGUUUUCUUCUCUUGCACUAACCACCCUAACCCUAUUAACCGCACCCAUCAUAAUAACCAACCUCAAUAUCUACAAAUCCACCAACUACCCACUUUAUGUAAAAACGGUCGUUUCAUAUGCCUUUAUCACUAGCAUAGUCCCCACAAUAAUAUUCAUUUAUACAGGACAAGAAAUAGUCAUUUCAAACUGACACUGACUAUCUAUCCAAACCCUUAAAUUAUCGCUCAGCUUCAAGAUAGACUAUUUUUCAGUAAUAUUUGUCCCAGUAGCACUAUUCGUUACAUGAUCCAUUAUAGAAUUCUCAAUGUGAUACAUACACUCAGACCCCAACAUCAACCAAUUCUUCAAAUAUUUACUCCUAUUUCUCAUCACAAUACUCAUCCUCGUCACCGCAAAUAAUCUCUUCCAACUAUUUAUCGGCUGAGAAGGAGUCGGAAUCAUAUCAUUCUUACUGAUCGGAUGGUGAUAUGGACGAACAGACGCAAACACAGCAGCCUUACAGGCGAUUCUAUAUAACCGCAUUGGAGACAUUGGGUUUAUCCUAACAAUAGCAUGAUUUCUAAUCAACCUUAACACUUGAGAUCUCCAACAAAUCUUUAUACUAAAGCCAGAAAACUCAAACCUACCCCUGAUAGGACUAACUCUAGCUGCAGCUGGAAAAUCUGCGCAAUUUGGCCUACACCCAUGACUACCCUCCGCAAUAGAAGGCCCAACACCCGUUUCAGCAUUACUCCACUCAAGUACAAUAGUAGUAGCAGGCAUUUUUCUACUAAUCCGCUUUCAUCCACUAACAGAAAAUAACAAAUUUGCCCAAUCUAUUAUACUAUGCCUAGGAGCCAUUACUACACUAUUUACAGCAAUAUGUGCUCUUACCCAAAAUGACAUUAAAAAAAUCGUCGCCUUCUCCACAUCCAGUCAACUUGGCCUUAUAAUAGUAACAAUUGGAAUUAACCAACCCUACCUAGCAUUCCUCCACAUCUGCACCCAUGCCUUCUUCAAAGCCAUGCUAUUCAUAUGCUCCGGCUCUAUUAUCCACAACCUAAACAACGAACAAGACAUUCGAAAAAUGGGAGGCCUAUUUAAAGCAAUACCAUUCACCACAACAGCCCUCAUUAUUGGCAGCCUUGCACUAACAGGAAUACCUUUCCUCACCGGAUUCUAUUCCAAAGACUUAAUCAUUGAAUCCGCCAACACGUCGUAUACCAACGCCUGAGCCCUCUUAAUAACAUUAAUCGCCACCUCCUUUACAGCUGUCUACAGUACUCGAAUUAUCUUCUUCGCACUCCUAGGACAGCCCCGAUUCCCAACUCUCAUCAACAUUAAUGAAAACAACCCGUUCCUAAUAAACUCAAUCAAACGCUUACUAAUCGGAAGUCUCUUCGCAGGAUUUUUCAUCUCCAACAAUAUCCCCCCAAUAACAAUUCCCCAAAUCACUAUACCCCACUAUCUAAAAAUAACCGCCCUAGCAGUUACAAUCCUAGGCUUUAUUUUAGCACUAGAAACCGCUAACAUAACUCACCACCUAAAAUUUAACUACUCAUCAAACAUAUUCAAAUUCUCCAACCUACUAGGAUAUUAUCCCACAAUCAUACACCGCUUAACCCCCUACAUAAACUUAACAAUAAGUCAAAAAUCAGCAUCCUCUCUCCUAGAUCUAAUCUGACUAGAAACUAUUCUACCAAAAACCAUCUCACAAGCCCAGAUAAAAAUAGCUACCACAACAACAAACCAAAAAGGCCUAAUUAAGCUAUACUUCCUUUCCUUCCUGGUUACAAUCCUUGUCAGCACAAUUCUAUUUAAUUUCCACGAGUAA